UAACAUAAUGUAAAGUGCCAGAAUCACUUGGAUAGGGGAAUGCAUUAUAAAAGGUAUGAGGAAGUACGGCUCGGGAGGGGUUAAAUGUCUGUGACUUCCCCGGAUUGAUUGACAGGUGUCUGCUGUCAUUGUAUGGCUGACGCUGCUCCGUACUGGGCAGUCUGUGGAUAGCGCAGCAGUAGUCGUCGUCUUCCGGUUAUGAUGCAGAACCGGUCCCUGCCGGGGCUGUGCUGUCAGUCAUGACUUACCCGGUACCGAGUUUCCCCGAAUAGACCGCACUCCACACAAGCUUUCACUCUUUAGCUGAGCACGUGUAAGACGACGUCACUGAUCUAGCUCCUCCCAUUAACGUCUAACGCCCAACGCCCAAACAAUAGUUCCACCCACUGAUAACAUAACGGGAAGGAACGGGCAGCCGGAUGUCACGUGUCUUCCUUACCGGCUAUUGUCCUAAGUUACUGGUAUUACUGGUUCCGUAACAAAAUGACGAAAAAGGCAGUCCCUAGGCUCAGGUUCUCCUCUCCAGCUGGAGUGUUCACCUUGUGGUACCUCUGACAGGGGAGAAUGGUGGUGGAUGCUGCUGGCCAGUCGUGUAACACAAUGUCAUCUACCUCUCCCAAGAAUAGUGAGGCACUGGCCAAGAAGAAGUCCUCACAGAUAAAUGGCUUCCAUGGGAACGCUUCUGGCUCCACUCAGCCUGGUCCUAGCAGACCCCUCAGUAGGAGCCUGUCGUCGGGUCCGAUGGCCCAGCGCAGGCUGUCAGGAUGUACAAUGUAUAUGGGCACAUGUAGCUGGAUGCGUCGCAGUGAAAGCACCUGCACCCUCAACAGCAGCGGCAGCUCUCGGGGUAGAAUGCGCCCAGCUGGGUCUCUGCCGUCCGUCAGUAAAGCUGCUGCUUCUGACAACAAGACUGUCAAGAGAUCUUCCUGCCUCCUUGUCGCUCUUCGACCCACUAAUGUGGAGCAGGAGAGAGAUAAGUUCUUCCUCUCCAACUAUAGCUACAAUCCACAGUUCCAAUACCAAGAGCCCAUGUCCCUCAGUGUGCUGGAGAAAUACAGUGAGGCAUCAAACCAGUUCCUGGUCCAGGCACUGAGAAUACUCAAGAUAGUCCUGGAUAAAUAUGGAAGUUAUGAAAACUUUGAGUCACUGACAGGAGGAAAUCUGCUCAGCAAGUGCCAGAUCUGGGCAUGUUGUCGGCGGUACAUGCAAAAAGAGAGUUGCAGUGGUGAGGUGGUGGUCCAACUUACAGAAGACUUACUGUCUCAGGCAGUUAUGACAAAUGAGAACAGCCGGCCUACACUAACCAUCAACUUACUAGGUGCAAGACAGCACUGGCUGGAGGGGAUGCUCCGACAUGAGAUAGGAACACAUUAUUUGCGAGGAGUAAAUGACGCCCAACAGUCCUGGCAUGGUUCGGAAAACCGCAGACAGUUUGGAUUAAAACCAGCCAACCCCACAGAAGAAGGCCUGGCCAGCCUGCACAGCGUGCUCUUCCGGAAACACCCAUACCUGUGGCGGGCCGCCCUCCUCUACUACACCAUCAGUCAUGCAGCUAACUGCAGCUUUUCAGUCUUGUUUAAUGAUCUGCAGCAGUUUGUAGAGGACCCUGCGGUGCGGUGGGAGUAUUGUGUACGAGCCAAAAGGGGCCAGAAAGACACAGGACAACCAGGUUGCUUCAGUAAAGAUCAAGUGUACCUAGAUGGCAUCAUACGCAUCUUGCGUCACCGGCACACCAUUGAUUUCUGUCUAUUAACUUCCCUGGGAAAGGUUGCCUUUGAGGACGUGGAGCGACUUCGUCCAUUUGCUCAACUGGAUAACAUUCGUCUUCCUCACUUCAUGCGGGACAUGGAGAAGUAUUAUCACCAUCUGGAUCACAUCAUGGAGAUGAACCAGCUGAGCGAUGAGGAGCUCCAAAGCCUGCUCCCAGACUGAGAUCUAGACACAUUCUUCCUGCCUGUUUAUAUAUUUAUUAAUUGGGGGAAAGCUGAACCUUUUAUAUACUGUAUCACACAAGCCUCACAUUUUAUAUUCUUAUUUUUUAUUUUAUUUGGUUUAAUCUUGUGUACAAAAUGGUGGAACGCGUGAAAGGUCUUGAGCUGAGCACUGUUCCCAACAAGAGGACAAGUGUGGAUCUCCAUAGUUUUGUAUGACACCUAGAUUGUCCUAAUUGCAUCAAUUUCUUGAAUGGUAAAGUUUUUUUUCUCAUUGACUUGGUCUGAUUCUUGUCUGUACUCACUGAGCUGGGGCUUAGCACAGCCAUCACUGGUUAUUGAUAUGUAUAAGACAUGAAGAAGAUGUAAUCUGAUUUUAUGGCAGACAGGAGGCUCAUAUUAUGCAAUACUUCUCCGUUGGCAGCAAAAGGUUAAAACAUAGCUAUCAAGAAAAAAAGUCAGUUAUGCAAAUCAGGUAGCAACUAGGUAGCACAAGUUAGCUAAGACAUGAGCAGGUAAAUAAUGUCCUCUUUCUUUGCUUUUCUGCAGCAAAAGAUAAGUCUUUGCAUUUAUGUAUAUAUCAUUAUUUUUUUAAUAUAUUUUUUCUUAUCCAUUUUUAUGUAUGUAUUGCCCUUUUAUUCUCUUCUUUAUAUAUCUAUUCUGUUAUACCUCAUAAAAUAUUC